AUGGAUCGAGAUCUAACAGAAUAUUGGCAGUAUGAUGGUAGUCUAACAACUCCACCGUGUAGUGAAAGUGUUACAUUUGUUCUCUUUAAAAAACCAAUUGAUUUUUCAUUUGAAGAAUUGAAGGAACUGCAUGAUGCUGUCUAUGAACAAGAUUUUCGUGAACCACAAGCGAGAAAUAAACGACGCGUUUUGCGUAGUUACGAUCCAAAUGGAGAAGAUGACAGUGUACCACCUGUGAGAGGUGAUGAUCUCUGUUGCAGUCAUGCACAUGGCGGUACCAACCCUAGUCGAGACUUCCGGCCAAAGUCCUGCGGGAGUCCCGGAAAAGAAUCCCGCGAGAGUUCCACCGGACUCCCGUCGGGAGUCCCGCGGGAGUCCCAGUAA